UUGGGACAGAAAGCAAGUGAAGCAAACUCUUCCUACCUUUGCAAAUGCUAAACAGUUAGAGGGAAAUUGUGAAAAUAGUGGUAAAGGGCUGAGCAUUUGCCAUGUUGAUUAACAUUUAUAUAAGCAAAGAAAAUUAGGAAUGCACACUGAGUAUUAUUAAAUUUAAAUCUCUGGUAAUUGUAGCAGAAUGGGAGAAAGAUGAACAGGAGAAAUGUAUAAAAUCUGGACCAUAUAGAAUGUACAUGGUACUGGCAGUUUUAUUCUGAUAAGGGAUCCAGCUGGAGGGCUGAUGUCUGUUUCCUUAUGAUUUUGCUUUUACUGUCAUUUUGACCCCGCUCUGACUUUUCCGUGCCUGAACAGACUGAAAUGAAGGGCAAUCUGAAACCGCUGGCCUCCUCUCUGCUAUAAUGCCUAGAAGGGCUUGUCCCCCUUAGGGAUGGUCACUGCUGGUUGUAGCUGGAUACCGGCUGUCUUCCUUCCCCACCCCACCUCAUCCUCGGACUGGGUCAUCCCUAUCACCCAAGGUGGGGGAAGGAGAGGCAGGCUCUGUCACCCCCAUCUCCCUUGUGUUUCCCCAGCUUUCCUCUGCUCUGGUGUGCAGGCUUGCCUGCCUGCAGACUGCUUCUUGCUAUAGCCAGUACGUGUGCAUUGCUGUCAACAGGAGAAAUGCUGUAAGACCUUGAACUGGUGGGGAAGGGAGGGGUCCUGGACUAUUUCAGCAUUCAAAUCUACUCUAGUACUAUCACCAAGUAGGUGCGUAUUAUGUAUAUGAAUAUAUCUGGCUUAGGAAGUUAUUGCUGUUUGCAUUUUCAGAUGUAAAAGGCUGACUGGGACAGCUUGUGUCUGCCAAGUGUCUUGGUUCAUAAUUGGGUCUUACUGGUGCAGCGCAAAUUAUAAAUGGUAUUCUGUAAAUUCCACAUCAGAGGCAGGAAGCAGUGCAGUUUUCCUCCUGGCGCCCCAUCUACGCAGAAGCAGAAGAGGAAUUAGUUCAAUGAGAGAGAACAUCCAGAAGUUACUGAAAAAUGUGGUGUUUCUGAUAGGUUUGAGACUUGGAAUUUAAAUACUAAAAAGUCAAGACAUUUUCACCUCUACCUCCUGCACUCUCUUGCAAGCAUUCCUCCCCUUGUGUCUUCAUGGCUGCGGUUACCUCCUUUUCCUGGCGUGUGUGAAGGAAAUCCUGUUACGGCAUAGUUGAUCCACGGCGCUGCUGCAAAAACCCACCUCUUAGCCUGCCGCUUCGGCUGCCUCUGCCCUCUUUGUCAGUCCUGCUCCCCCUUCUCCCCUGUGUCGGACAUGUCAGUCGCAGGCUUCAAGUGUCCUCCGUAGUCUCCCCAUACGUGAUGUCCCACCUCUUUACCAAGACAUACCCCCUGGGCUUUGGUCAGCCCUCAGCAUCUGUCUCCCUCAAGCUACCACCUUUGUAUUUCCCCGAGCUUUGCCUUGUGCUUACUUGUAGCUUCGUGUAGGCACCUUAUCCAUCAUUUCAUUAAUUUCCUUGACAUGUCCCAGCACGUCUGCUUUUGCUGUGAUGCCUUCAGCGGCUGUCUGGUGAGAUGCUGAGACAAGCCCUCACCCGUGCUGCCACCAUCCCUGUCACUGGAAUUAGUCUGGCUCUGGAUUUGAGCACAACAGUGUCCUCUAAAGCUAGGACACCUGCGAGGCAAUGUCGCACACCAGCAGAAGCUCUCCUUCCGUAGUCCAUGUUCUCCUCACUCGCUCUUUUUGGCAUUUCAGGUGCAACCCUGCCCCCUUAUGCUUACACAUCACAGCGUGGUUCACUGCAACCCCCUUUGCAAUAGUGUCGUAUCUUUGCGUAAGUUAUUGCAGACUGUUUUGCAAACUGUGACAACGUGUCAAUACUAUGCGCACAAAUACAGAUACGAUAAUGGCACGGACUCUUUGUCAAGGGAGGCCCUGCAGCCUGCGUUGGUAAAAUCAGGAAUGGCAUGAGGAUGGAGAUCUUUUCUGUUACACCACCGAGGGGAAACAGAGAAUCAAAGGAGAAGGCUGUUUUCUUACGUCUCUUGGUAAAGCAGGCUGAGGCACCGGAGUCAGGAAGCAGAGUUACAGCGAUUGGAGUUACUGUGAUAGCACAUCUGUGCCUCAAAUUCCCUUGACAUUUAAGUUCACAGUACGUAGUCGGUACUGAAUCUGCUUUUUUGGGGGGGAGAAAAAAUUCUGAAACAAAACGAUAUGUUAACAGAGGUUUCUGAUGAAUCAAGUGUACAAAAUUCUGUCCUAGCUUUGUAUUGUGCCGAGAUUUCUUGGGAGGUUAAAAUGAAAUCUGCCUUGACAUUUUAGGGUUUGAUAUGGACCAUAUACUUUGUUUGUUUUUAUAAAAUAUAUUGAAGCCUGUGUGUCAGCUGACUUUUACCAUAGGAAAGUGUUUUCUUAUCACUCUGGACUCCACUUACUGGGUCACAACUUCAUUAGUUAAGAACUAAUAAUCCCUUUGCUAGUGAAGUUAAGGGCCACUUACUGUUCAGCAGAGGCCCUUGCUGAAGUCUACAAGGAGGGCUCCUGAGACUUGCUGGCACGAUGUGCCCACCAGGGGUGGACAUGACCCAUGGAAUGCGAGAGACGGAGGCUUCCAGCUACACUCCUGUGUGCAGCCACCUCAUCCGUCAUCUGGCAGGAUGCUGUGCCACAGCACUGAGGGGGAAAAUAGAGACCUUAAAUCCAUUCACUUCCAGAUUUAGCCACGUUUUGUCCUGAAACUUUAUUCCUGGUAGGUGAAGGGGACCGUGCCUGAUAUUUCAGCUGCUUUUUCUCCCCCUUUACCUGGAGGGAUGCUGAACCUGAGGGUCUGAGCCCUGCAAGUUGUUAGCUUCACAGGGGCUUUACUCAGCAUGCAGUCCCUUUAGAUCUGGGCGUGAUAACUAACCACAUCCUGCGCAUCGGACAUUUGGCUUGCAUCCCCAUAUCUGCCUGCUUUUCCAAAGGAUAACAUCUUACGUUGUCCUGGGCUUGAGCAGUAAAGGAUAAAUUUCAUCACUGGCUGACUUGUUAUCUCUUCCUUGCGAUGAAGAAAUGGUUGCCUAAAAUAACCCCUUUGUUAUGCUGCUAAACCUGCCUUUGAAUCCAAGAUCUGUUGUGAUUUUUAAAACACAAACCCAAAAAUGUCAGAACUCGACCCGUCUUCUGGAUUUGUAGGAAACAUGGAAAAUGGGACUUUUCUGGAGCUGUAUCCCACAUCCCUUUCAACUUCAGUGGAUUCAUCGCCUGGCCGUUUAUCCAACGUCUAUGUCUAUGUUUCUAUAUUCCUUAGUCUCUUAGCUUUUCUCCUUUUGCUAUUGAUCAUUGCACUUCAGAGGCUGAAAAACAUAAUUUCUUCCAGUUCCUCCUACCCAGAAUAUAAUAGUGAUGCUGGAAGUUCUUUCACUAAUUUAGAGGUUUGUAGUAUUUCUUCCCAGCGCUCCGCCCUCUCAAACCUUUCUUCAUGAAACUAAAUGAAAGGAAACGCACGGGGAAUGGAAGAGCUUUGUCUAGUUUCAUGGGGAGGUAGUGCAUGCAACAUUUGCCUUAGAAGACUAUUAUGAAGAGGUGGCUUUUAAGGUUUCCUUAGUUGUUGGGUUUUUUUUCUUUCUUUUUCUAGUCUUCAUUUCCCCUUUUGCUAAUGUUCUUCUUCAUUUUGGACAACGGAUAAUGACACGAUCAUCGUUUCAUGCCUGUAAUAGUGAUGCUGUCUUUUUCUCACACAUACACGGUGUUCAUCGAGAGUAUUCCUGCCAAAUUGUAAUACAGUUCUAACUGGAUGUGUCAUUUUUUUGCUCUAGUUGUGACCCUUUCCCUGGUUUUGUAUGAGUAGUGUGCUGACUACUUUUCUUUUUCCUUUUUCAAUUAGAUAAGGACUUGUGGAUGAAAUCUCUAUUGCAAAAGUAUAAAAACUCAGCUUAAAUUAUAAAUACUGGGACAAUUUAAAGUUGUUGGUAUUGUUUCUUUUUUAAUUUUCAUGUCUUUUUCAGUAUUUAUUGAUGUUUAUAAAACACAACUAAAAUCCAUUUCCUGAAGAAUGUUACUUUUGUUUAUUUGUACUCCUAACUCAUUCUGUAUAAAGUCUCUGUAUUUCAGUUUUUGAAUAUCUUUGGUUAACGUAGUAAAGUGACUAUAAUAACAAUGCUCGCUGCUGAAUGUGUGGAGGUGUUUUUAGGACCCCAUUGCAUCUAAUUUGCUUGAUGACUUGUUCCUCUAGGGGGCAGCUUUUGCUGCUGAAUCAUAAAUAUCACACAACUCCUUCGCAUCCUUCACUGAUACUGUAGUUUGUUCUUACUGGAUACCAGUACAAAGCAGUGGUUUCUUUUACAAGAUCUGCAUACAACAACCACAGCUAGCAACGGAAUAGCUCCUGUAACUGUCCUUUAGGCAUGGGUGUUUGUACUGGUGAGGACUUUCUGGGCCGGAUUGUGUCCUGUAAUUUCACAAAUGCACACUGGGGUGGAGAGGGGACACAAGGAUCUGCGUAAUGGCCAAGCAGGCUUGUGCUCUGACACUCAGGGGGUGCAAGGUGUACCUGCAGAGGGUAGAAUCAUAGAAUAGAAUCAUCUAGGUUGGAAGGGACCUUUAAGAUCAUUGAGUCCAACCAUUAUCCUAGCACUGCCAAAACCACCACUAAACCAUGUCCCUAAGCACCACGUCUACACAUCUUUGAAAUACCUCCAGGGAUGGUGACUCAACCACUUCCCUGGGCAGCCUGUUCCAAUGCUUGAUAACCCUUUCAGUGUAAAACUUUUUCCUAAUAUCCAAUCAUCUAAACCUCCCCUCCUGCAACUUGAGGCCAUUUCUUCUUGUCCUAUCGCCUGUUACUUGGGAGAAGAGACCGACCCCCACCUCUCUACAACCUCCUUUCAGGUAGUUGUAGAGAACAAUAAUGUCCCCUCUCAGCCUCCUUUUCUCCAGGCUGAACAACCCCAGUUCCCUCAGCCGCUCCUCAUAAGACUUGUUCUCUAGACCCCUCACCAGCUUCGCUGCCCUUCUCUGGACUUGCUCCAGCAUCUCAAUGUCUUUUUUGUAUUGAGGGGCCCAAAAUUGAACACAGUAUUUGAGGUGCAGCCUCGAGGUACGAGGAGAUCAGAAGGAAAAAGGCAGUUGCUCUGCCCCUUUUCCCCAUCACCAUAAGGAGAGGCCAGAGAUGAGAGGGUAAGAAAUGGAUGAUCUUUCACAAUCUCACUCCUCUUUGCGAUUCUGGGUUACGAUUUCCCCCCUGCCUGAAAUGUAACCCACCACUCAAUUUCUGCAGUAAAAUAACUAGCAGCAUCGUGAACAGUAUAUGGUGGUCAGCUGGGAAUUAAAUCAAGCCAAACAAUCAAAGAAAUGAUUCGAAAUGCCAAGUUUGACCUGCUGGGACUGCAGCCCCACGCUGUGCUGUGCCGUUCCUCGCUGUCCUCCCUGCAGUGUGUGAGCACAGCCCGGCCCUGCCACUCCACUCCAUGCAAAUUUUGCUCUCAUGGCGGGAUCCAAGUCACUGGAGAGACCCAAGGAGGGGUACGGAAAUGUCACAGCUGUGACCGACUGCUCUCCCCACACGGCACUAUGGCCCAGCUGGCCGAGGGGUCAGGGAACUGCAGAAGACCUCCACACCAGAUCUGUUACACAUACUCUCCUGCAUUCUGCCAUUAACUGCACAGGCUUUAGAAGAGAAAUGGGGAAAGCCACAUCUAAAUAUAAUCAUUAGAAACACGUCUGUUCAGUGCCAAGCCACAGACGGAUGAUGCUGGAGUUGGUGUUUCCAAUUUUUAAAAGUGAACCUACAUUAAGUGGUAAUGACUUAUGGUGGUGAUUAGCUCCUUACAAAGGUCAAAGAUCUUGCUGACUAAUAAAGAACUAAAGCCUGCAGGUUCUCUGAGCCAAACCGGUUUGAUGAAUGUAUUUAGUCUCUGGAAUAUUUUAUUCAUCUAGACAAAAAGUCCUUGUAAGUCACUUUUCACUGUAAUUGAUGAUAGCCCUUGGGAAAAGACUUAACUAUUUUAAAGGGAUCAGGUAACAUUAUUUGCUUUCUGAAAGCUCUUCCAAAUCCCAAACCUGCAACAGAAUGUAUUUGUGUGUUGACUGGUAGAUAAAAAUAAAUGAACUGUAAAUCAAGAUGGAGCAACUGUUCAACUAUCUUCUCUUACCUACAGAGUUGUAAAUUUGUUGCUUCCUUUGCUGCAAAUGCAGGAAUUUAAUCAGAACCAGAGAUGAGACCACAGUCUGAGAUGGGUAUUUAUUCCCAGAGAUAUGUUUCCCAUUACGAUUUUAUGCUUGUGGAUGUAGAGACAUUUAAUGUUAAAUACAGACUGCUGAAAACUGAUUGGCUUUGUUCAAU